AUGGCGACUGACCCUCUUCUUUCCGACCCUUUGCUGUCCUUGCGACGAGCAAUCGCAGCUCAAGCUCUCCCAACCCCGACCACCUCCUCAGACAUCUCCAACGCAGCAGACAACCUCACAGACGACCUCGCAAAGGCUAACCAAUUGUACUUCGCCCACCCACUUCCGCACACCAUACCACUCAACACAUUAACGCGUUUCGUCUCCACGGCAAAUAACGAUGCCCAGGUCGAUUUGCGCAGUAUCUUCUUUGCAUGGCAGAAAAAGGAUGUCGCUAUUCCAGAGUACAUUGCGUCGGCGCAGGAGGUGAAUGAGGCAUUAAAACAGAAGAAGGAGCAGGAAGAUGGCAAUGAAGAGCAGGUGUUGAAUUUGGUUUUCGUUGAGCGCUUGGAUUUGAUUACUUGGCUUGAAGGUGCUUCGGAUGAUAGUGAAUAUAUCAAGCCUUUGGAAGGUGCUGCAGCUGCAGCGGCAGCGGCUGCCGCCGCCGCUGCUGAUGUAACAGCUCCUGCCGUGGCGGCAGAUGCUACUACUGCUGCUGUGCCCAAAGCUGCGGUUCCAGCGGCGGCAGCUGCAGGUGCCAGACCGACUAAAGUGAUUGAUCCUCAGUUACAAGAGAUUUACAACGGCGAGCGGAAGUUGGGUGAUCGGAACACUGUCUUGCGUGGUAUCAAACCCACGGACUUCUCGCAUAUUCGCAAAACCGCAGAGAUCUUCCUUGGUCGCAACCGCAGCUCGCGCGGCCAAUAUCCACCUGGAAGCAACAAGGGCCCACCAGGCAAAGGAGGAAUCAUUGUCCCAGCUCCCUCAGCCGGUCUUGCGCUUCCCAAGAAACCGGGUUCUUCCUCGUCAUCAGGAAGCUCACGACGUCCCGACCCCAUUAUCCUCCUUUCUCCGUCCGCCUCAUCGCCUAUUCGUCUCUCCAAUAUCAAGUCAUUCCUUCAAGAUGGUGUCUUUGUACCCCCCGACCAUCCCACAUUAGCAUCACACACAACCUCGAACAUGCAAAUCAUCACCCGCCAAACACGCAUCGGAAACGCAGCAGGCAGCCAAGGCGGCAGCGCCGGUGCAGGCGGCGCCGCACAAACUAGCCGAAGACCAACACGCUUCAUCCUGGCUGACAGCACAGCAAACUUCAAACCCGAUUACUGGCAAAGACUCGUCGCCGUCUUCACGACCGGUCAAGCAUGGCAAUUCAAGACAUACAAAUGGUCUAACCCGCCAGAACUCUUUAGACAUGCUGCUGGUAUCUACGUCGGUAUGACUGGCGAACAUGUCCCGAAUCAGAUUAAAGAUUGGGGUCGAGGUGUGAGCACCUUCACUCUUUCUCGCUGGGACGAGAAGAAGGGUGUUGACGGUGCUGGACGAUGGCUGGAUCGGGAGAUAGUUGAACAUAUCUGGGAUGUCAUUGAGAAUAAUAUGAAGGCCAAGGGGUGGACGAAAUGA